AUUUUCAGUCAUUUAUUUAUAUCCCUCUUAUUUUCAUCUCAGAGAGAGAGAGAGAGAGAGAGAGAGAGAGAGUCUGACACAAUACAAUACUCCGUCUUCCUCUCUUCGCAACUCCUCUGUACUCACUCCCCUUGUCUUUCUCUCUUUCCUUUGUCUCUUUCCUCCCUAAACCUAUUCACUUUUUUAAUUCUCUUUCUCUUUCUCAUUCUCUCUCACACACUUUCUCUCUAUCUCUAAAAUUCUAUCUCUCUCUGAUCGAUCGAUCAUGCUUCAGAGCUUGGUUCCGCAAUCUCCAAUAUCUAACAUGAAUCCGAAGCGCGUGGACCGCGACGACAGCUCCGGCGACGAAACCACCACAGCAACGAAGCGUCGAAAUCUCUCCGACGAAGCCUCCGUUUCCGGCGAGAAAGCGCUCGUCGAAGAGCUACACCGCGACGAGAGCGAGUCGAGUGGGCUCAGGCUCUUAGGUCUCCUUCUGCAGUGCGCCGAGUGCGUCUCGGUGCAGAAUCUCGACGACGCCACCGAUCUCCUCCCCGAAAUCGCCGAGCUCUCCUCGCCCUACGGUUCCUCGCCGCAGAGAGUAGGCGCGUUCUUCGCUCACGCGCUCCAAGCGCGCGUGAUCACUUCGUGCUUGGGUAUCUACUCGCCACUGAGUUCGAAAACCCUAACUUUGGCUCAGUCUCAGAAAAUCUUCUCGGCCUUGCAAUCCUACAAUUCAAUCAGCCCGUUAAUCAAGUUCUCUCACUUCACAGCGAACCAAGCGAUUUUCCAAGCAUUGGACGGCGAGGAUCGCGUCCACGUCAUCGAUUUGGAUAUAAUGCAAGGGCUUCAAUGGCCAGGAUUGUUCCACAUCCUCGCGUCUCGGAAUAAAAAGAUCCGAUCCAUGCGGGUCACCGGGUUCGGAUCCUCCUCCGAGUUGUUGGAUUCGACCGGGAAGAGACUCGCCGACUUCGCCACGUCAUUGGGUCUGCCUUUCGAGUUUCAACCGGUGGAGGGCAAAAUUGGAAAUUUGAAGGACCCGAGUCAACUCGGCCUGAGGCCGAGUGAGGGCGAGGCUAUAGUGGUUCACUGGAUGCACCAUUGUUUGUACGAUAUUACUGGGAGCGAUUUAGGAGCGUUGAGAUUGUUGACUUUGUUGAGGCCCAAACUGAUCACGAUCGUCGAACAGGAUCUGAGUCAUGGGGGUGGGUUUUUAGCUAGGUUUGUGGAUGCUUUGCAUUAUUACAGCGCGUUGUUCGACGCGCUUGGCGGGGAUGGAUUGGGUGGGGACAGUGUAGAGAGGCAUAUGGUGGAGCAGCAACUGUUUGGGUGCGAGAUUCGGAACAUUGUGGCUGUGGGUGGGCCCAAGAGGACUGGAGAACAGAAAGUUGAGAGGUGGGGCCACGAGUUGGGUCGGGUCGGGUUUCGCCCCGUUUCCCUUGCGGGUAACCCGGCUGCUCAAGCUAGCUUGUUGCUUGGGAUGUUCCCUUGGAAGGGUUAUACUUUGGUGGAAGAGAAUGGGUGCUUGAAGUUGGGUUGGAAGGAUCUUUCUUUGCUCACUGCCUCUGCCUGGCAGCCGGCCGAUUGAAUUUCGAUUCGAUUCGAUCGGAAAUGAAUUCAACCGGAUUCAUUUCCGAUCGAUUCGAAUCCGUGGAAAUAGGCUGAUGCAUAAAAAACAUGUGUCCAUGGGUGGGGAUGUUGAGCAUAGGAUCAUGUUUAUCUAAUUUUUUGGAACAUUUCAAUGUUGUUGAAAGUAAGGGGUGAGAGGGAGGGGUUUGAGGGUUUUUUUUUUUUGGGUACUUUAAUAAAUACACUUUUGUUAGGACAUUUGGGACAUGGAAGUACCAAGUGAAGUAGACUUUGUUGUAAUUCUUUGUAAGGAAACAAAUGUAGUUAAAUUUGUUCUUAUCUUAUGUAUUUGAGUAAACGUAAACAAAAAUUAAAGGCAAAAUGCUCAAGGGAUUCAAUUCA